CAUCAAGCUUGCUCCUUGGACUGCCGAAAUGCUGUCUGGCAGCGAUGUGACCUGUCGACUAUCAACAAUGGCGAAUUCUCGAAACCCACCCGGGGUCGAGAUUCCGUGGUUGCCCGCCGAGGCACAGUAGACACUGUAUCCCCCACCGUCCACAUAAAUGUUUUUGUCGUUGUCUGGCUCGCGCGUGCAUUCAAAACACUUUCCGCAGGGGCGGAAUGAGCGACCUGGAACGCCGACCCGGUCACCGAUCCUGUAUUGAGAUGAAGAGUGCUCUGGGAGGGACACCACGACGCCUGAAAACUCAUGGCAUCCAAUGUGAGGAAAUGAAGGUGGGAAGGGGGGCAUUUGGCCUUGGGCCAGCACGAGGUCUGUGUGGCAGUACGAUGCAGCCAGGACUCUAACGAUCAUUUCAUGGGGGCUAUCGGCUGUGAAACUCGGAAACGGUAGUGUGGUGAGUCGAUAUGGUGCGUUGAACGAUGGGAGGAUUUGAGCUUUCAUUUCGUUGGGGAGCAUAGAGGAAUCCAUUCUGAAUUUGAGCCAGUGAAGACGACUUCACAACUUUGAGGAGAGAUGAAAACGUAAGGACGCGCUCGACUUGGCAGCAAAUAGGUGAUGCUACCUCCAACAAGUUCGGGAUGCCGCUAUAUAGCUACAAGUCACAGCAGUACCUGUCUGUGGCUUGGUGGGGCUGCUCUGCUUCCUCGGACGAAACAAAAUCUUUUGAAGCAAAACUUGACUCCCAUUUUCACUUUUUCGUCUCUUCCUUUAUGGAGUCCUCACCAGUAACCGUCACGAUCUCGGCCCUGGACGCAGGCCACCUCACACUGCCAGAGCGAUUGUUCGUUACCGACGCUGACUCCGAGAAGCGUACCACUGUCCCGUCUCUCUCCUUUCUCAUUCAACACUGCGCUCCUGGAAAAACAAGACCUACUCGGAUGUUAUUCGACCUUGGGGUAAAACGAGAUAUCGAAAGAUACACCCCCUCUCAGCAAGCACACAUUGCUGAACGACAACCUGUUAUUGUAUCUCCAGACUGCAGGGAGAGCCUGCUAUCUGGCAGUGCCACCAUCACUCCGAAAGAUAUCGACCUAGUGAUGCUAAGUCAUGUACACUGGGAUCACGUUGGCACACCGUCAGACUUUUCCUCGGCCACCUUCCUCGUUGGUGCCGGCACCCUGGAUCUCCUCAAAAAUGGGGACGGCCCGCUCUACCCAGCUGAUCUCUUCAACGACGACGAGUUGCCGUCCGAUCGAACAAUAGAACUACCGCCUGUUUCCCUGUCCGGGGUUGGAAGUGGUCGGCCCCAAAGGACACGGCCAUCAGACUCAGCACUGGCUCGCAUCGCGCCCUAUUUAGAUGCUGAUAUCUGGACCUGGAGGCCUCGAUUCACCUUUUCGUCCACGUUGGACUUGUUCGGGGAUGGGUCUGUCACGGUCAUUGACACCCCAGGUCAUCUCCAUGGACAUGUCAAUCUGCUUUGCCAGGUUGCCAACUCAAAGUAUGUUUACUUAGGAGGCGAUUGCUGCCAUGACCCACGUAUUCUGGCAGGAGAUAAGGGGAUUGCAAUGUAUCCGGAUGGAAGGGGAGGGCUGAGAAGUGUGCAUGUUGACACCGGGGCUGCCGCCACCUCGCUUGACAGAAUCAGAGACUUUGUUGAAAGCUGUCAACGGCCUGUUGAGACAGAAGUGGUUGUCGCUCACGACGGAGCCUGGAGGGAAAGAAACAAACACCGGUUCUGGCCGGGAAAAUUGUAG